AGAGAAAAGCUCCGCAUUCCCUUUGCUUUGGCCGGAGGGCGUCGUCCUCUUCUUCAAUACCGUCGAGAACAGAUCCAUCGAAUGGGGCGCUUCCCCCUGGCACUGGUACGUCUCCUCCGCCCUCCCUCGCUCCCUCUUAACCUCCCCCCUCCUUUGGCCCUACUGCUUUCUGG